GGGCGGUUGGGCCGUGAAGGGAGAGUCUUUUCGGCGCUGAGGACGGGCGCUGAGGAGGCGGCGGUGGCUCCUGGGGCGUUUGAGCGGGCUCACUCGAGCCCGCGGGCCGACGCGGACGCAGGCCCAGCCGGCGGAACCGCCCCGGACUCCCCGCGGGCCUUCUUAGCCGCCAUGGAGGACGGUGUCUACGAGCCCCCAGACUUGACUCCUGAGGAGCGCAUGGAGCUAGAGAACAUCCGCCGCCGCAAGCAGGAGCUGCUGGUGGAGAUCCAGCGGCUGCGGGAGGAGCUGAGUGAAGCCAUGAGCGAGGUGGAGGGUCUGGAGGCCAAUGAGGGCAGUAAGACCUUGCAGCGGAACCGGAAGAUGGCAAUGGGCAGGAAGAAGUUCAACAUGGACCCCAAAAAGGGGAUCCAGUUCCUGGUGGAGCAUGAGCUUCUGCAGAACACACCUGAGGAAAUUGCCCGCUUCCUAUACAAGGGCGAGGGCCUGAACAAGACAGCCAUUGGGGACUACCUAGGGGAAAGGGAAGAGCUAAACCUGUCUGUGCUCCAUGCUUUUGUGGAUCUGCAUGAGUUCACGGACCUCAACCUGGUGCAGGCUCUCCGGCAAUUUCUGUGGAGCUUUCGCCUCCCCGGAGAGGCUCAGAAAAUUGACCGGAUGAUGGAGGCAUUUGCCCAGAGAUACUGCCUGUGUAACCCUGGGGUCUUCCAGUCUACAGAUACCUGCUACGUGCUGUCCUUUGCCGUGAUCAUGCUGAACACCAGCCUUCACAACCCCAAUGUCAGGGACAAGCCGGGCCUGGAGCGCUUUGUGGCCAUGAACCGGGGCAUCAAUGAGGGUGGGGACCUGCCUGAGGAUCUCCUCAGGAACCUCUAUGACAGCAUCCGAAACGAGCCCUUCAAGAUCCCAGAGGAUGAUGGGAAUGAUCUCACCCACACCUUCUUCAACCCAGACCGUGAGGGCUGGCUCCUAAAGCUGGGGGGCCGGGUGAAGACUUGGAAGCGUCGCUGGUUCAUCCUUACAGACAACUGCCUCUACUACUUUGAGUACACUACGGAUAAGGAGCCCCGAGGGAUCAUCCCCCUGGAGAACCUGAGCAUCCGUGAGGUGGAUGACCCUCGGAAGCCGAACUGCUUUGAGCUUUACAUUCCCAACAACAAGGGACAGCUCAUCAAGGCCUGCAAAACCGAGGCUGACGGCCGGGUAGUAGAGGGCAACCACAUGGUGUACCGAAUCUCAGCACCCACACAGGAGGAGAAAGAUGAGUGGAUCAAGUCCAUCCAGGCUGCUGUAAGCGUGGACCCCUUCUAUGAGAUGCUGGCAGCAAGAAAGAAGCGGAUUUCUGUGAAGAAGAAGCAGGAACAACCCUGACCCCCUGUCCCCAACUCCAUUAUUUAUUUUGGAGCUGCCCCGCCUGGGUGGCAGGACCCCUGGGCCCUGGGGCUGUGGAUCCUGGUUCCCCAUUUGGAAAAUCACCGCCUCUAGCUCCUGACUCCUUAUUUGUAAUUACCAUGUUGGUAAUCUUAUUAACUAUUUAACCCCUCGCGCCUGCAGACAACCUCAUUUCUUGGCUU